CCUCCCACAGAGCGUCCCCGGCGCGAUGACGUCACAGGGCAGACGCGCGCGCGCGCGCUGCGGGAUAUCUGAGGGCCGCCGGGUCUGUGGGCUGCGGUGCGUGGCGAGCUCGGGGCAAGCCGGCGGGGUGAGCUUGGUUGAGAUCCUCUGCCCCUUCCGGCUGGACAAAGAUGGUCAACGUCUUGAAAGGAGUGCUCAUAGAAUGCGAUCCUGCCAUGAAGCAGUUUCUGCUGUACUUGGAUGAAUCCAAUGCCCUAGGGAAGAAGUUCAUCAUUCAAGACAUUGAUGACACCCAUGUCUUCGUAAUAGCAGAGUUGGUUAACGUCCUCCAGGAGCGAGUAGGUGAAUUAAUGGACCAAAAUGCCUUUUCUCUUACCCAGAAGUGAAAAUAAAGAUACUGACCACUUGGGAAUUGCAAGCAACAAUGUGAAAGACUGUCCCCACCCAGUGUUUUCCGUGUUUUAUGUGACUGAGCAGACAUGAGGCAAAUGCUGCAGAAAAGACCAUGGGAUCAUUUAUUCAGGAAAACACCCUGAGCUGAUUUGUUUUACACUAGAAUUAAAAAAACAAAAACGAAAUCCUCUAA